AUGGAUUUCCUCCGCGCUUGCGUCCUCUGCACCGCUCUCCUCGGCCUCGCCAAAGCCUUUACGCACCUGGAUAUGAAGGACGCACUGCUGCAGAAACUCGGGUUGGAUGAAGUUCCAAAGAUCCAUAAGAGGGAUCUGGAGAACCUGGUGGUUCCGGCGCAUAUCAGAAACAAGUACACGUCCAUGCUGAAGAUGCACCACGGCAGGAGACGCAGAUCUCUGCCCAGCCUGGCGGGCAUCCUCAGGGGAAUCCCCGGCAAUGCAGACUUCUCCGGGGAGUUUGUGUAUUCAGACACGGCUCGGCAGAGGAUGGUGUUCGACAUGGAGGCGAGGAUUCCGGACAACAGCGAGGUGACCAUGGCCGAGCUGAAGCUGUACCAGCAGGCCGCCUACCAGCAUCGCUUCCUGGGGGAGAGGAAGAGCCACCGACCCGUCCACCACGCCCGGGUCAGCAUCUACUGGGUGGAGGUCAUGCCCAGUGGAUCCAACAGGACAUCUCUGGUGGAUUCACGGUUGAUCCCCAUUCACGAGACCGGCUGGAGGAGCUUUGAUGUGACCCAGGCGGUGCACUAUUGGUCCCAGACCCAGCAGAAGACACCUAUGCACCUGGAGGUGUGGAUCGAGGGCGAGAGACCUGGCAGCUACGCGGCAGAGGCGGCCAAGAGUGUCCGCUUCACCACUCAGGAGCAGACGGACAACACCUUGGGGAAGCCCGAGCUCGUCCUCUACACCCUGAACCUCGAAGAAUACGGUUCUCGCGGCGACUGCGACAACAACCAAAACAAGGACUCCUGCUGCAGGGAACAGUACUUCAUCGACUUCCGCGCGCUCACCUGGACCCAGUACUGGAUCAUCGAGCCGGCCGGGUACCAGGCCUUCAGGUGCACGGGGGGCUGCAAGCAGCCCAAGCGCAACUACGGCUACGGGGAGAGGCGGUGCACGGCGUCGGAGAGCGCCCCGUUACCCAUCAUGUACCUGGUGAAGAAGGGCGACUACACCGAGAUCGAGGUGGCCGAGUUCCCCAACAUGAUUGUAGAGAGGUGUGCGUGCACCAUGGACAAUGUCUCCAUAGUAUGA